CGACGAUUUCAGAGUCAGCAGAAAGCCGACUCGAACUCAGGGAGAAUAUUAUAAGAAAGGCCACCGAACUGUUUUCUGUCCGCCCAGGCGAUACGUCGAUACCUGUGAACAUCCCCGCCCCCACAUACCAUUUUCCCUAAAGUUGGACGACUUCCGUUUAUAAUGGUAUUGUCUAUUAUCAACGCCCAUAUAGACCAAUCCGGUCGAGUAGUUGGCCUCAUCGACUUUGAAGCCACGAUCAUCGCCCCUCAAUGGGAAUGCACAGUGAUUCCACGAUGGUUACAAGAUGCAGAUGACCCAUGGCCAGAAUCUCGUUGCGAAGGCAGAUCUAGUGAAGUGAGAAGUGUUUUGCAUGCCGCUAGCCGCAUUUAUUUCAGCUAUGGAAGUGUUCGACCGAUAAAGUGGACAAAGGCGUACGACGUGGGACAUCCUUUCCGACGGUUUAUAAACCUGCUGUACUUCCAGGCAAGUGUUUGAAUUUCUAACAACCUUGACAUGUGGGUAAAGAAACCUCUCGAACGGGCCAAACUCCACCCUUGCCUGAAACAGACGUACAACAUUGAUAUAUACCACAAGUCGCUUUGUGCAUGAGCCUAUGAGGUCACAAUAUUCCGAUAUCGCU